CUCUUCAUUCACUGCUCCUCCUCCAGCAUCCACACACACUCGAAGCAGAGAGGAAGAACCGAAACCACAGCACUCUGUACGACUCAUAAUCCAUGCUGUUUAGGACAUAUGCAGAAAACGCCCACUUCCUCUGCUACUCAUCUGCGCUGGAAAAAGGUAGAAGAUUCGAAUUUCUGUGGAAUUUUUGUGAGCGUGAAUGUUGUGUGUUUCCACUGCCACAAGUUUGAUCUGAUCUAUAUUUUGGUAAGAUGUGCUUCUGGGAAAAGGGCAUGAAGUUUUAUUAUAUGCACCAGAAGUAUGAUUAUGAUUUAACCAGAGGCAGGUGUUGAGUUGAAACUUGGCAAAUCCCCCACUGCAAAAUGAACAGUGAAAACACUUUGGGUUUUUUGGUUGUGAGAUUGUCAAACGGAUCUGGAGACCAAACACUACUCUCUGUGUAUGGCUGUCUGGCAGCUGGGAGGUAAUACCAUGAUCUUAUCUCAUUUUUAAACCUGUGGUGCACCAAAAUGUCAAGUCAAAAUAAUUGUGAGCUCAUGUUUAUAAAUUAAUGAUCAUCUGGUGUCGUAGUGUUGCAGCAGCAUUGGCAGCCAUUUGAAAAAGGAUGGCAUUAGCACAUCAGGGUUGUUCCUCACUUCCUUUAUUAGUACUUCUCCCAUAUGUAGACUUGUGUGAUUCACCUCUUGGGAAACUCAGAGCAUGUUAGUGCUCUGAGUUUGUGUUAAGCUUUGCGUUGCUUGUUGCAACCCUGAUUUACAGAAGUGUCUGGGAUUCCCCUGCACUGAAACACUCUCACUUCUUCUCCUUGCACAUUUUCUCUAAAGCUUCUCCCUCACUCAAAAGGUUCAAGCUUUAGGCUCGCUCUUUCCGUAGUUCAUUUACUCCUUGGACAGUUUACACCUGGAAAAGAUUUGAUUUAGAACAAAAACCAUUUACAGAUUUUUUUGACAGCUGUAACAUUGGUGAUGCUGCUUUACUGGAUAUUCGUAUUAUAUAUGUACAAUAUGUAAUUAUGGAAUGCUGUAUGCCUCAAAGAUAGAGGUCUAUAUUAUACCGCCCUCUAAGGUUUUAGUUAGAUGAUUUGAAUACCUGAUUUGGCUGUAUUGGUGAUUUUGAAGUAUUGUUGAAUGUUAUAUCAGUAUUUUUACCCACAUGGAUACCAUGCCAGUCCCCUGCAUGCUCCUUCUUCUCUGCUGUUGGUGCUCUGAUUGUGGAUAGCGUGACUCCAACACAGCAUGAGAGGCAUUAUCAGAGAAAUGAUGAGGAGGGCUCUUCAGCAAGCUGCAACUGUGACAGUCUCUCAGAGGCCAAAGACGGCAUUGAGAUUAGACAAGAACAUGACACAGGCAGGGAUAGAGUAAACUGCUGGUAGUUACACAUGACCAACAAAGGAUCUACUUGGUGGUUAAAGCUGAUGUUCCCCACCUCUCUUCUUUGGUUUACAUCGGGUAAUAUGCAGUGAAGAUGGCUGUAUUUUCAGCAUAGCAGACGAAGGUUUAUUCAGAUUAAAACAUCUCAGCACAACAGCAUAGACACAAAAUGGCACUGCAUUUCAGUCCAGUGAAAAAGACCACAAUGUGUCAUUUGUAGAGAUAGUCCAUCAGCAGGGAGGAUCAUUUAAACUGGAUCAGUCAAGUCAAAACUCUGCCAGUCAGGAAGUAAAACCAUGACAAGUGUCGACACCUAUUUUCCUCAUUACACAGAGAGGAAGAAAGAGAGGAAGAAGAGGUGGAGAGCCCAGCGAUACUCGCAUAUUUUAAGUCACUUUGUGCUCUUCAAGAGGGCCCUUUUUUUUCAAUAAUCCAUUAUGCAUAGCAGCUCUGGCUCUCCCUGGUAUUUCUCCUACCUUCUUGACGUCAGUUGCCAUUUGUGAGGGUUACCCUGGCAACGGCCUGCCUCCCCGGGAGAUGUCUGGUGGAUAAGACGGCCCUGAUAAAGCCUUUUAAGGUUCUACUGUUGCUACACCUCUUAAUUGCUUUUGAUGAAGUAGAAAUAUUACAUGGAGGUCAUCGAGGUGUGUUGCCACAAGGGCAAAAAAAAAAAAAAAAGUGGAACCUACAGAUAAAAAUAGAUAUAAAUAGGCAACAAGAUGCUGCUCGAGAUUGACAUCCCAUUAUCUCCACUUGAUUUGAUCACCCACAUAUUGGGCUCGUUUCAGAGCAGUCCUGUGAAAUUGAAUCGGCCAUGAUAGAUAUAUUUUUGGCCUUUUUUCUCUCUCAAUUUUUGUGCUGCACAAGAGACACGUGAACAAACAAUUUUAAUACUGUGACAACACAUUGGAAACAUGUAAAUCCUGAUGGAGGACAACACUGACUCUGACGUCUCUGUAAAAUCAAUACAAGAAAUAACAAAAUAUUAUGCAAAGAUCAAAUAUCACAAAAGUUAUUUUGUAACCCAUGAAACCCUAAAACCCACCGCCAUGCAAACUUGUCCACGCACAUAACUAAGGUUUAUGGUGCAUUCAAAUAAUUGUUUCCUCUGACGCCAUUGUUGUCUGGAAUCCAUGCAAACACUGGUUGAUAAACAGCAGGAUUAAACAUACAAAUGCAAACCAGUUGUUAGUUUUGUGCCUUUUUACGGUGUAAUGAAUGAUCACUAUGAGGCUGUUUGUUAUUAUUCCUGGGACCUGAAACCACCCUCACAUUCAAAUUAUUUCACUCAGCUGUCUGACUGUAACAGUACUUUCAGCAGAAUUUGCAUUGAUGCAAAAAUGUCUCAUACAAGCCAUGAUACAGUUGAGAUACUGUAUGUGAUACUUGUUCCAGGUUCCAGAGGCUAUUAAUAGCAUCACCAACAUGUGUGUCUUUCUUUUUUUUCAGAUACCAGGCGAUUGGUGUGCUAUUUUUAUUGUGUCAAUUUGCUCCCUCCCUCUCUUUUCAGUUGCCAAGCAAUGGGGCCUAGGGACCUGAUUGGCCAAGGAUGUGCCUUUGGACACUUUGACUCUGGUUUCUUUUCAGAUGGCAAAUUUUUUUCAGUCUUUUAGCUUGCCAAGAGUUGACUAAUUAUUUUGAUAAUUUAUACUUGAAAUUAGGUGUUCCUAAUGUAGAGUGAGAAAAAAAAGGCAGUGAAAAAUUGGCCGCUAGAAAUAAGGGUAUGACUGGAUUUUUUUGUUGUCGUUUUGUCAUGUCAUCUUAAAAAAAAAAGAUGAAAAGAACCUGUAAAAGUCAUUUGUAAAGACUGUUAGAUAAAAAACUGUUUUGAGGUAACAGUAAUGGGGUUUCUGUCAUGCUAAUCCUAAUCCUAAUAAUGUGUUUAGAGGGGGAAACGGUUUGACACACCUAAACUACUGCUCUCUAUGUGUGUGUGUGUGUGUGUGUGUGUGUGUGUGUGUGUGUGUGUGUGUGUGUGUGUGUGUGUGUGUGUGUGUGUGUGUGUGUGUGUGUGUGUGUGUGUGUGUGUGUGUUUGAAUUCAAUUAGACUUAAUCUAACCCCAUGCCACUCCAAAAGGAAACCAAGGGCUGGGCAACUUUCAUCUUCCCUCCUCUGAUUGUGGCUCGUGCAGAGAUAUGGAAAAGCCUAUCCCACUGCUCCCUUUCAUUGGCCACAUUAAAAAUUCAUCCUGUCCUAAUGGAGAGAGAGAUCCUUUUCAAUGAGCCCAAUACAGACCAACUGGUGUGCCAGGGUGACACUUGGCACAGCUGUCUUCUGGCAAAAUGCAAACCUCACAGCUUCAAGUUUUGAUUUCGGGCGGCUUUUUAAAUGUUAAUUUACCAUCACUAUUUCAUCAUAUAGGUAGAAACCAAAUAACUUAAUGCUGCUGUCAGGUUAAAGAAAGUCACAACUGUAAACAGAGUAACUUAAUAGCCAUACAGCUCAUUCUUCAUAUUCAGCUUUUUCAGUCUCUCUGUGAACUCAGGGCUCUUCUGGUCUAAUUCAACAUGUUGGUAGUGUGUAGACUACACCAAAAAGAGGAUUUUAUAAAACCUAUAGAGUGGCUCUCAAAAUCUAGGCUACAGUCCUUCAUAAUCACUACUACUACUACCACUACAACCACCACGGGUUUUACAGGUCUUAUAUUUGUUUCCUGUAUCCCAUUCUGUUCCUUUUUGUUGAGGGGGCUGACAGACGGUACCAUUCUGGCGGAAGGUUGCACAAUCGAUUUCAGCCAUGUUAAAAAAAUCUUAAAGUGCGUUUAACAUGAUUGUUUUUACAAGUACCGACAAAAAUACGUCAAGUUCGACGAAGAGCUGGUAUUUUGUGUUUCGUUAUGAGGUUUUAAAAUGAAAAUGAAAUCUCCACUCACAACUGCGCACCCCUCAGCGUAGGCUGUUGCCAUGUUCCCACUUUCAUGGGUGUGGUGAUUAGCUUGCUUGGUGAAAAUUUUUAGUCUAAUCCGACCCGUGUUGCGCUCGCUCGUGCCCUAUUAAACCGAUUUAAUUGCUUUAAAAUUAAGACCUCUCUCUCUAUGAUUCCUCUCACAGCUGGGAGCAUGGUUGUCGUGUGAAGACAUACCGGUGUGACACGGAUUAGAAGGACAGACAGAGCCCAAAAGCCUGUUUCAGGUAAGGACGUGAAGUCUUGUCUUGAUAUUUUGAUGGCAUUAACGCUAUUUCCUGCUUUACUCCCGACGGUGUUAUUUUGUUUAACGCAGUGAGUGAAUGCCAAGAUAUGUGUAAGUUUGACGAAUUAUUGCUUCCCUGAGCAGCUCUGUGAGCACUGUUGCCUGUCUACUAUUACCACAAUGGUGUUUUUUUUACUCUCUAAGCUGAAAAUUCACUGCUAAUCAAACGCGGCCUUUUACUGGCUGUCAAACGACUCUCAGGCGGAACUAACGUCAAAUAAAACCUUUACACGUAAACACAUAUUAAUAUCCCCAAAUUUCAUACAACAAGUGGCCCAUUUGAGCUCGCAUAUAAGCAUGUUUAUCCUGUCGUUUUCUUGUUAAAUACACAGUAGCCUACAUGUCAGUCCUCUAUAACCCAAGCGGCAACUGGUGCCGUGACGGAGCGCGCGGCUCGUGCAGUUUGUUGCUUGUAACAGGAAACACUCUCGACUCUGAUCAAUUCAUAAAAACUGUUUCUACAUGAUCUAUUUAUGCGUCUACAUGUAAUGUAAGCAGGUGGUUUCUGUACAUGUGUUCUGUGUUGAUAAUGCAGACUUUGAAUUUUAAGUUUGUACAAGUCUUUCAUGUAGCCUGUGUUAUCAUGUUCGUUCAGAAAUGGGUAUUACCAACCUGAAGUUUUAGUAGUUUUGCUGUUGAAACAGUCAUCUAAAUGCCAAUUUAUUUAAAUUUCAUAGGGUUGUAGUUGGAUGCUUGAUUUAUUUUGUAUUUAAGACUUUAACACCUAAGUGGGUUUGAUAGGCAAAAGGAUAUUAUUAAUUAUAAAGGAGGUAUAGCCAGAUAAUAGAUAGAUAGAUAUACUUUAUUGAUCCCAAACUGGGAAAUUCCUGUGUUACAGCAGCAAUAAAAACACAAAAUAAAAUUAAAUAUAAGAAGUAUGUACAAUACAGACUAAAUAUACUAAAUAUAUACAAUAAAUACAGACUACAUAUACUAAAUAUCCUGAGAGAAAAAAGUGAGAUAUGAAAAAAGUGGGCAAUCCACUGGUAGUACUGGUAGUACUAAUACUAGCACUAAUAAUAUCAGUUAAACUAUAUAGUGGAGAGAAUCUAGUAUUAAAGUCUCUCCUUAAAUAGGUUGUACAGUUCUUUAUUUUAUAAUAUAGAGUGAUAUAAUCAAGUAAAUUGUAUUGUUCUGUUUAAAAACUGCUUGCAAAAAUGGUACAUGGUCAUGUACAUAUAACCUGAGUUUAAGAGAAGUAGCCUAUGCUUUUUUAUCAGGUCAAAAGAGCGGGAUUAUUUGUACCUUUUAAACAACUCUAUCAGGUACAAAAUAAUAAAAAAAAAAAUUAACAUUUACAUAACAUUUAAAAUAAAUUUUGUAUAUUCAGACUAUCUUUUAGGUCAGCAUUUAUUGCUCAUUUAUUUGGCUACAAUCGAAAAACUCAUGUUUUGGUCUGCCAAAUAUGAGAAAUUGUUGCAUAUUGUUGUAUAUUGGUUUAUAAGAGGUGUGAGACAUACAAAAGGAACAUAGAGGAUUGUUUGUCUGGACUUAAAAUUGAAUUUAUCUGGAUAGUAUCUGAAACAUUGCGUUGUAUUGUUAAUUAAUAAACCUGUAUCUGACCUCAGAAAAACUGACCUUUGAGUAUGGUUAAAUAACACCUGUCUUUAUAGCUUAAACAAUUAUAGACUAGCAGGUAAUGUUGAACAUGAGGCAUGGCUUACUUUGGUAUCUGUAACAGGUUAGACUCAGUCAAAUACUUUAUCUACUUUGUAGUGGAUAGUAGUUUAUUUAUGUUUUGGUGUGGCUUUAAUACCUGCAUUUUUGUUCUGUCUUCCUGUUGUGCUUUGUAAUAAUAGCCAAAGAGAGAUUUUUUCUUAUUUUCUUCUGGACUCAACCAAAACAACACCCUGUUGGCCCAGUGAUUUUGUAAAUUUAGAUAUUUUCAAAUCAGUUCCUUAUUUGUAGUUACCUUAACAUACAAACACGUUAGCUAAACAUAAUGCUGACAAUAAGGAAGAAACCUGGCCUCCUUACCUCGCUGGAAUCUCACCAAGUAUUUCCUCCAUUCCCUGAAUGUUUUGAAUAAUCAGCUGGUUACCUGAACAAGUUAACACCUGGUGGAGCUGCCCUGCUGCAUCCACUUUUCACUUUCUCACACAAAGCUGAGUGUGGUGAGUUGCCUCGUCAUUUUUACUGGUCUACAUCCAGAACAAAUACUCAUGCCUUCUGAGAUUGUCUUUCAAAUGAAGAGAAUGAGUUUAGAGAUUUUAACAGGAUGUAAAAUCAAUUAUCUAGAAUUUGCUGCAUCAUGUUCUUUUUUUAGAACUGUAUGUCACAGAUAAACAAGAUGGAUAGAUGGUAUAGAAGUCAUUUUUAUAUCAAAGUGAAAUAAAAAAUGUCAGUAUUGGUAGCUUUUGCCUCUUAGAUAAUACUUUUUAUAAUGCGUCAGAUACAUGUUAACAUUUUAUGACACAGCUGGUCUAAACUGGAGGGAAAAAAGCAGGUUUACUGUCAAUCUCAGUCCAAAAAUUGCAAACAUAAAGUAAUGUUUGGUUCAGAUUGCCUUGAAAUUCAAAAUCUCAUAACUGUAUUUCAAAAAUAAGGAUAAAUGUGUCCAGCUUUUACAACAUGCUUGUGAUAAUGAUUAAUGAUGUAUUCACAGCUGGCUAUGUCACAAGAACUUGUUCAGACCUGGCUCUUAAUAAUGUCAAUUCCUCAACUUCCUGACUAUUUCAUGUUGUUGGGCCCCUGUGGCUCUGGGUGCAGCUGCACUGCCUGCACCACCUGCUGCUCUGUUCACCAGUAGAUCAUGGUAGUGGCAGAUGUGACUGACUUUUAACUGUAAAGCUGUUUUCAGACAUGCACUCUGGAAAAUCUCAAGGGCUCUAAGUGACCCAGCAGCAGCAGCAAUAGAUGAAGAAAAAGCUCUCAGUUUCAAAUUCAAGUAAAAUAGGUAUUAAAUAAUCUGAGGAGGAUCUUUUUACACAAACUGAGUUAGCAGGGAGUCACGCUAAAAGGACAGUGUCUUCCGUAUUCAAUACAUUGUGACCCAAGCUCGAUUGACAAUUAUGGCAGUGAUGUUGGUACGCAAAGGUAAAGCUGAUCUUGCUUUGUGUCUCUUUUUUGUGGGCGGUUCAAGACUAAAAGUAAAAGUUAACACAUUUCCUGUGCAAUUUUACAGUCAUUGUUAAAUUAGAUUCAAUUCUAUGUGAUGAAAAUGUGUAAUGACAGACCACAGCAAACACACCAAUAAGCUAGAUUUUAAAAAGUACAAAUAUGAAAGUGCUUGUAAUACCACCCUCUUCUAACAGAGCCACUACUGAUGAUCGGUUUCUUCCUUAACGAACCUCAUUAUCUUCCUGAUUCAUUACAGUUUUCAUGGUAAAUAAAUAACAGUUAAUGAUGAAAAAAAAUUUGUCAUAAUAUUUGGAGUCCUGACUGUCAUCUACAGAGCGCUCAUUAGUUUUGACCAAAUAUUUUUAAUUGAUUAACAGAAGGCUGAGGAAAACAUCAUAUUUAGAUUCGCAGUGUUGUUUUCGUUGACGAAAAUAUUUCGUAAACGUCAUCGUCAAUUAAAACAACACUGCAGAAUAAAUGUUAAGCGUUUGACUGACGAAAUGCUCAUGAAUUUUGGAACUCUGUUCGUCGUCCACCACUUACGUUUUCGUCUAGUCUCAUCAACGUAAACGCACAUUCGUCUCGUCACAUUUUAGUCAUCUAAGAGUUAUGUUUAGCUCGUCAACGUCACGUCUUCGUCGAUGGGAAAAAAAAGGGCCGUUGACGGAAUAUUUUUGUCACCGAAAACAACCAGUGUUGUUUUCGUUGACGAUGACGUUGACGACAUGUUUUCGUCAACAUCAUCGUCAACGAAAACAACACUGGUUAUUCGUAAUUCAACUAUUUGCACCAACCACCUGCCUGUCCUCCAGGCUGCGUACAAACUUUUAAAGAUGUAUUUUUGUAUACGUUUCUAGCUAGAUUAUCUUCAUAUAGCUUUGAAGAAAAAGAAAUCCUUUUGUGUGAUAAUUUGGUGUUGCUUUAACAAACCCUCUUAGUGAGAACUUUAUUCACUACUAUUCAUAAUUUAAGUAUGGUGCUCGUACUAAAAUGGUGAACUGAUAAAUGUGUAAUGAAUUGUCUCAGAGAUAGACGCAUCAUUCAACCAGGGCUAUGACUAAUGUAUAAACUCUUCUGGUGAGACUUUGCCAAUGUAGGACAAACAUGGAAUGGAAGUCUUUUUAUUAAAUGUGAAGGGGUUUUAUUUUGGUUCAUCUAAGUCUAUUUCUGCCAAAACUUUAAUGCACAGCCUAACAGUUGCGAUGCAAAAAUCGACAGUGGGUGUAUUUGUAUGCGUAAAUCUGUAGGUUUGUUAAGUAGAUUUGUUGGCAAAAAUUAUUCAUUCACUUAAUAAUUUACAGAACAUAUAGAGCCAAAAGCACAGCCUGGGGUGGCUCGGAAACCAUGUCAUCACAUACUUUUUCCUGCACACCACACCCCAACUCUAUUAUUUAUUUCUUGUUCUUCAUAAUUUUCAGUUGUACUGUCAGGCUGUCAUGUUUUUACUCUGGGAAGACAGGACAGCAUCUCGCUGCUCACUCCCUCCCGUUCCCAGGAAGUAGGAGUGGGUAAUGACAUGCUAGAAAAGGGGCUGCGAGCUGGACUUGAACCUGAGCCGCCUCUGUAUAUGUGGCGUUCAACUUAGCCAUCUGGCCAACUUCAUUGUUAUAAAUAUACUCUCUAGAGCACAGUGAGCAAAAAAAAAAAAUCAGCUGAUCAGAUAUUGUGCUACACUAAAAUUGCCUGACCACGUGUGGUAUUCAUUAUGAUUGUCGUUGAGAAGUGAGCCCUCUGGGUAUCUCCGUAUAGUCAGCCUGAAAACAAAACAGCAAGUUAGUUAGUUGUCAUUUGAAAUCAGUGAACUUUUUGGUAUUGGUGUCAACAAUCCAAUGUUGAUGAUUCUAUUUUUAUGCAUCUCUGUUACAUCCUGUCUGGGUUAGGGUUAGACGGGGGAGCUUGAGCAUGAGGCUGAACUUAUGAGAUGCGUGUAUGGGUGGUUGGUUGUUUAAUGUCAAUAAGGCCGAAGCAAUAAUUACCUCCUAUCACCAGUUUCAGAAACUCAACUAUGGUGGUGCCAAGCAGCACUAUCUUCUUUAGCUGGUAGCCUCAUACUAAACAAUAGGCAGCUCCAAACACACAGCUCUGUCUUUGUUGCCCCUCAUAUUGGCCUGGGCUGCGGGCUUAGCCGGCUCGCUACAUGACUCCAUUCACACAAAUGGAGAAAAAAUGCACACACACAUUCACAAAACUGCUCACUUUUGUUUCUCACUAUGAACUGUUGAAGGAACUGAACUUGUUGAGUGGACUAUUAGUGGCUGCUUUCUAUAGCUGUGGUAAUGUGGUUGAUAACUUACGCAGAAAUCAGUUCUAAAUGAGUAAUAUCUGAAACUCACGUUUAAAAAAAGAUAACUUAAGUAACACUUUAGCAUAUAUCACUGUUAAAGCACUCUGAAAAUCUGAGCCGUCAGUCUCAUUCUCACUCAUCAUGUGCGUCCUGUUUUUCAGGUGUGAAGUUCCAUCAUACCUGCACUAUUUUUCACCUCCUCCACCUUGGAUGUGUCCCUGCUGCAACACACCUGAUUCAAAUGAUGAGCUCGUUAUUAAGCCAUUACAGAGCUUGAUAACGAGCUGAUCAUUUGAAUCAGGUGUGUUGGCGCAGGGAAACAUUUAAAACAUGUUUAGAUUUAAAAUAUUUGACUGAACAUUGAAGGCCGUAUCAACUGUUAAAGUAGUCCAUGAGGGGCUUUUGUGUGACGUGGCAGAGUUUAUUCAGUACAAUGGAUCCAUGGCAGUCAUCGGGCAGCACAACAUCACAGGCAGCUGAUACCGAGGGCCUCUCCUCAGGAAGGUUGCGUCAGUAAGAGCGGAGGGUGGCGUCACUCCCGGGCAGCUGAGAGCAUUGUUACGCUCCCUGUCCCUGAUGCAUCGUUACUGUCAAACAUCUCUUUGGCGAUGAGAUGAGCGUCCAAGAGGAGCAGUUAGUGAGGCAAAAAAACUCACUGUGAAUCUACAGGGGGAUUUUCCUUACAUGUUCAAUAGCUUAAAAGAAACUCAAAGCAGCCUGAACAUCAAAUUUAUUAUUAGUCGUCUUAAUUAUUUGCAGUGUAAGUGAUUUCUUUUUGUGUGUUGGGUUAAUAACCGGGCUUUAACUGCUUCAAAAAUGAGGCUUGAAGCACAAACAACCUCCUCCUUUCUAUUAAUAUGAUUUCCUGUAGAGAGGAAGGACUGUACUCUAAUUGCUGAAUUAUAGAAAAUGGGACUGAAAAUUUAAUCUCUGAGGGUGAGACUUCAGCAGCAGACUGGAAUACAGCCCGUCAAAUGAAGUGGGGGGUUGCGGGGGCGUGGUCCAAACAUUUCUGAGGAGUGUCUAAGUGCGUUGUGACCCACAUUCACACUCCCCAAGGUAAGGGAAGUGGCAGUCUGCAUAUGUUAAUGCACACGCACAGAAAUGCAUACAUAUGCGUGCAAACAGGUGCUCAAUCCGGCUCGCUCAAUGUAGCCAUUUUGAUACAAAUGCUCACACACAAUAGACACGCAGUUGUAAAUGUACAUACGUUUUUCUUUGUUAUCAUAUAUUGUCAGUGAAACCAGAUUUAUCGACAGUACUUACACACACACACACACACACACAUAUUUGAGGCUCUUUUUGGGCGGGCCAAGCAAACAGCGCAAUGCAACAACACAAAAGGCUGAUUGAGUGAGGAAAGGUCAGAGCCUGGCUCAGAUGGCCUUUUGAACCAGACUGGGGGUGUUUGAAGAGCCAGGACACCCUCGGAGCCCCCACCCAGCCCCACCCUUUGCAGCACCCUCCUUUGGUCUGAACCCAUACAGGAUACCUGUGUUUGUCUGAUAGAGUUCCUAUCCUUCGCUCUCUGUCUGCCCGCUGAACUCGCAGUAUUUCUCUUUCUCUGUCUUGCAGGUGGUGAAGCCUGUGUGCGUGUGAGAGUGUGCGGGUGUGUGAGGGCGUGCGUGCGUGUGUGCGUGUUUGCAGGCACGUGUGUUUUUCCCGGCCCUGUCAGGAUUUGGUGCGGAGCGUGGCCUGAACACAUCACAGAAGGACAAUGAGCGAGCUGGAACAGUUGCGGCAGGAAGCCGAGCAACUACGCAACCAGAUCCGGGUAGAGCACAAAUUUACACAUUUGUUUACGCUGACGUGUGGGUGUGUGGGUGGGUUGUAUAUGUGUUUGAACAUCCCGUGUGUGCCGCUGUGUGUCAACCAGAGGGUUUGAUUUACACAACUCCAAAGGACACACUGACCCAAUGUGAAUAUUCUUGUCAAUCAGUCACUUUUUUAGAAAUGAAACUGUGGAAGCUGAGGUUAUUAUUAUUUUGUAACAACUGAAAGAUUCAGUUUCCUAAUCACUUUUGGGAUGUGUUUAGACGCUCAUUUUGAAACUGUUUGUAUCAGUUAUUUUUGUAGGAUAGUCUUAUUUUUUGUGCUAUUUUUUACGUGUUUGUGCAAUAAUUACAUUUUCCUUUGCAGUAAGUCAAAAACUUCAAAUUUGUGUAUAUUCAAAGGAGUUUCUAAGUUUUUUUCUUUUUUUGCAGGAUGCCCGGAAAGCCUGCAGCGACUCAACUCUGUCACAGGUAAGAUUUAUUGUGUAAACAAUAAGUGAUGUAUUGCUUCUAUUUACCCGCAGUUGUAAAAACGAGCAGUAUCUGUACAAGCAGAAAGGAAAGGACUGUUAUAGACUUUGAAAUGACGUGAACAACCUAAGGAUUUCUAAUAUCAGCUUUGAACAGAGGUCCUCAGACAGCUAAAUACAUUCAAUCUGACAUCAUGAAUCAAACACCAGCUUGGUAACUUGUUAGAUUGUUGGUUCAAUUCUGUUGUAAUUUCAGCCUCAUGUCGACAGAUCGGAAGGCAGAAAGCUGUAACUUCACUCCCUUCAGUGUAAAUCAGUUGAAAAUCAAAGCAGAAGUGUCAAAGCAGACAUUUGUCUUCCUGCCCAGUACUCAUCCUCAGCCUGUCUGUGUUUACAAACAUAAGUUAUCACAUGAUUCAUAAAAAUAUCCCUACACACAUUAUUGUCCUUUGAGUUGAUAUUUGCUCCUUUUUGCCGCCUCUAUUAGUGUGCGCUGUACACUGAUGUAUAUGUCUGUUUGUGUGUUUGUGGUGAUGACGGUUUAAAAUCAGAAUCAGAAUUGGUCAUUACACUUGCUCUUGAAAAUACAGUAUCAAUAGAAGGAGAAUAGAAGUAGGAAAGAAAUUAGAAGAAAAAAAAAGAAAUGGCAACGGUUUGUACAAAAAGGCCUCGAGUGUGGCUGCUGAUUCUUCUUCCUGUGUUUUGGCAGAUCACAGCUGGUCUGGACUCGGUGGGCCGGAUACAGAUGCGGACACGACGCACUCUCAGGGGCCACCUGGCCAAGAUCUAUGCAAUGCACUGGGGGAGCGACUCCAGGUAGUUUAUUUACUUUACGGUCUGGAAAUAAUUAUUUUUAUUCACAGUUAUUUUUAAACGCAGUGUCACAGUUAAGGACACUUGGAAUAUAUAUACUUUUCAUCCGUAUUGUGUUUGCUUUAUCUCACUGAAAGUUGAUUAAUUAACUCCUAAUAAUAUAUGUAAUAUAUGUCUGUGUCAUUCUUGAUCUUUCUCUCUGUCCAUCUGUCUCCAAAUGCAAUACUCUGGGGCAGUGACGGCAGUCCCAGGUGUGGGGCUAUACUACUACCAGCACCCCUACUACUAUUACUUGUCACUACUACUACUACUACUACCACUACCACCACUACUACUACAAUUACUACCUCUAUUAUAAUUCUACUAAUAUGACUAAUCCCAACAUAACUGACAGCUGCCAUCUCCACUACAACUGACUGAGCGCUCGCACUGUAUCGCAGCCUCAACAUGAUCACAGAAAUGAUACUCACUGAGCACAGAGACAGGCAGCCACUUAAAGAUGCAGUUUGUAAGUUUUUUUCCAAAAUACUCUGAAGAAUCACUUUCCAUUCACCCAGAUUGGACCAUAGCGUCAGAAGUCUCCAUUGUGUUAUCGCCUGUCAAACUUAAAAACUGCUUUUUUAACUGUUUGCUGCAAUUAUGAGCACCAAGAAUAAUCAAUUCACAUCUGAGUUUUCUAAUAAUGCAUGCAGUGCACUGACCUUUUUUUUAAUGGAAAGUAAACUGGGACAAAGUGUAGCUAAAACAUUGUACAGUUUUGUUGAGCAUGGGUCAAAGAGAUUCUUUUCUUUUUUUGCCAAUUUCAAUUAUUUUUUAGUCAAACAUCUUUAAAGCACAGAGCUAAAUACUGCUAUAUUUUAACUGAUUAGGCAGUGGCUUUUUAAAACCUGGUUGGUGUGUGUGUGUCAGUGUGUGUUGGAGGGAAUGUACGCAUGUGUGUACCAAGAACCUUGUGGGUGACCCAGCUGGAGGCUAGUGUUUAUUUUGUAUAUAGCAACUGACAUUUGAGCGUGAUUGCUCUCCUCUUGAUUGUAGCAUAGUACCGUCAACUUCCUGUCUCUGGAGAGAAGGAAACACCCAGUCGGGGGGGAGGGGAGGGAGGGGGAUGGGGUUCCAGCUGUUUCUGCAUCUGCACCACCUCUUAACUCUUCCUCCAUUCGUUCUCUUUCCACUGCAUCAUCUUCUCUAUCUUCCCUCUCUGCCCUCCCUUCUUUGCUGCCCCACCUCGGCUUCUUCCUGGUGCUUUCCCAACCCCUCAGGCCUCCACCUCCCUCCCAACAGUAGGGACUUUACAUAACUGUAAUAAAUAUUAGAUGGAGCAGACAUUAAAUGUGAGUGGCUUCCCCGAAUAAGGAGACUACCAGCAAGAAGGGGGAGGAUGAGUUAAGAUGAAGAGAAACAGGAGAGAGGAGUAGGGAGCUCACGCUGAAUCGCCCUCUUUACAUAAAGAGGCCUAUUACAGUGAUUCAUGGUGUGGUGUAGCAGUCUUUGAGGUUGCUGUCUCCCAUUGCUUUAAAUAAUCUGUAUGCAUGUACAGUAUUUUUCUUUUCUUAUUUCCUUUUGGGGUUUUUUUGACAAAAAGCCAAACCUACGAGUUUAGUUUCGUGCUCUUUGUUUUCUCAGGCUACUUGUCAGUGCCUCACAAGAUGGAAAGCUAAUUAUCUGGGACAGCUACACAACAAAUAAGGUAAGCUUUAAGUCAACCACACAAUGUACAAGCACACUGACAUUAAAAUCCUCCCUGAAUGGGAGCGUUAGUCGAUGUAAUUUAAAGACAGCCCGGAUCUUUUUGACUUAUUAUGAAAUUUCUCUAUCUUAAAACAGCGAUUUUAACCCCUAAAUGUCCUAAGAUGUCCUUAGAUAAAUGUCCGAUACAAAUAAAUCUCAGCCUGCUCUGCAAAUUGUGAUAUUUCUCACCUUACCAAAUAAUGAUUUAGCUUAAUAUUGAGAGGAUAAAGUUUCCCUUUCUUUCUUGAAUGUAUUUUUUUCAGCAACUAUAACCUUUUAUACUCCUGCACCUGAAACUGAACAGAGUUUCUGCUCAUAUCAGUGUUAUGACAUCAAAAGAAGAGAAACUAACCACCUGAGACUGUCUUGUACUCGCUUCCAGCACUGAACGUUCAGUUCAGCUGUCUUUUCAUCAUCUCUGUCAUGAUGUAAUUACGUUACCAUGUUGGUAAAACCACAUUUUUUUGAAACCCAGAAAAACGAAAGCAGACAUCCUCGAACUUUGGCUGAAAGUUGUCAAGUGAUCACAUAUUUAGAAAGGAUGCAUAAGCCUUUAACUUUGACUAACAUUCAAAGCUCAACAUUACUUACCUACUGAAUGUAAUAAACAAAUGACUCUCGCCUCUCCUCAUCGUCAGAUGCAUGCCAUCCCUCUCCGCUCCUCCUGGGUCAUGACGUGCGCCUACGCUCCUUCUGGGAACUAUGUGGCCUGUGGAGGGCUGGACAACAUCUGCUCCAUAUACAGCCUGAAGACCCGUGAAGGCAAUGUGCGGGUCACCAGGGAGCUGCCGGGGCACACAGGUAGGUGCAGGGCUAGCAGUAAAAAGUGUUUCGAAUACAAUAAAAUGAGAUCAGAUUCUUUAUUUCUACACAAAAAGAAAUUAAAAAAAGAAAAGAAAAAUAAAAAAAAUAUUAAAAUAUUAAAAAAUAUUAAUAAAUAAAAAUGAUAAUAAAUACAUAAAAUAAUAAAAAUUAUAAUAAAAUGAUAAAUAAUAAAUAAUUUAAAAAAGACAGAAAUAGAAUAAAACAUUGUGAUUCAAACAGACAGAGCUAAUAGAAAGUCAUAUUUACUACAAGUCAAAUAAUUGGUGGAUUUUGACUUUGUAUUCAUUUGGCAGAAAAAAAAAUCAAUCGUAGUAUCCAGCCAUGUGAGCACUUAAAGACUUGGGUGUUUUUCCCAGGGUUGCUUGUAAAGCAGAGGACGUCUCUCCUCCUCAAAUAUUAAACCUCUGCUUAUCUGCAGGUUACUUGUCUUGUUGUCGUUUCCUGGAUGACAACCAGAUCCUGACCAGCUCUGGUGACACCACCUGGUAAGUAAUAGGCGAUCAUCUCCUAUUUCUACAUGGUAGGAGAUCGAGCUCUUUGCAAGAUCAGUUUUUAAAGUGAUUACCCUGUCCACUCAUGAACACCCAAAAUGUCAAUUCUCCCUGUAAAUCUGAAAUUUUGAUACAUGCACUGUAAAGUGACACGUUUUCACAUGCAAUCUUCCAUUAUGUGGUCAGGGGAGACCCUUUUAACUCUCCUCUGUUUUCUUUUUCCCAGUGCACUGUGGGAUAUCGAGACAGGGCAGCAAGCCACCAGCUUCACAGGCCACACAGGAGAUGUCAUGAGCUUGUCUCUAAGCCCAGAUUUCAAGACCUUUGUGUCCGGAGCCUGUGACGCCACUUCCAAGCUGUGGGAUAUCCGUGAUGGCAUGUGCAGGCAGUCCUUCACCGGCCAUGUGUCUGACAUCAAUGCUGUCACCGUGAGUACUGAAACUCAAGUCACACAGCUCGCUCUUCUGUUUGUUGGGCAGCCGGACUAUCACUGCUUGGUUGUGUUUUUGUUUUGGUCAUUUAAAUCAGUGAGAAUGAAGUAUUAAUUGUGGCAAAAGAUCAAGUUCAGUUUUGUUUAAAUCUAUAUAAUAUCUAGCUUCCUCCAGAGGCUCCUAAAUACAGCACAGUAGUUAUUCCUUUUAUACAUCUCUACUCACCUCUACUUCAUUUUUAAAAUGCUUUCCCUCUUUCUCUCAGUUUUUCCCCAAUGGAAACGCCUUUGGUACAGGCUCAGACGAUGCCACCUGCAGGCUGUUCGACCUGCGUGCCGACCAGGAGCUGAUGAUGUACAGCCAUGAUAACAUCAUCUGCGGCAUCACCUCUGUCGCUUUCUCCAAGAGCGGCCGACUACUCCUGGCUGGCUACGAUGAUUUCAACUGCAACGUCUGGGACACUCUGAAAGGCGAGAGAGCAGGUGAGCAAGAAAGUCUGUUAUUCAAGAAUAUUGUUUUUAUUUUAGAUGCCCUCUCUGAUAGUUUAGCUUCUGUCAAUGUCUCUUGUUUUUUAAAAGCCCCUACAUCGGUAGCAACUAUCUUGAAUAAGUAUGGAGGGAUUGCAUAAUACAUUAUAUAUGAAUCUAUAUCAUUUUAAGUGAUUGAUUACCGUAUUUUUCGCACUAUAAGGCACAUCUGAUUAUAAGGCGCACCAUCAAUGACCACGUCUAUUCGCGUCUAUUUCCAUACACAAAGUGCACCGGAUUAUAAAGCGCAUAAAGCCAAACAAAACAGUCAGAUAAGUCAAACUUCAUUUAACUCAUUCAAUAACUCUGUGAGGCUACGGUCGCUGCAGUGCUCCAACAAGCCAAAAGGAUUUUAAGUGCGCCUUAUAGUGUGAACAAUACGGUACAUCACUGUUUCUUGUCAGCAUAUAUAUACAAAUAAUACACUUUUAAAACUGGGUUUCUUAAACUAUAUUAACAACCAGAGGAAAGCUUCCCACAUUUUUGCUUUGUUCACAUGGCAAGUGUGAUAAUUUUCUUUAAAGGUAGGUUUACAAAACAUGCAGAUAUUCUUAUUUUGUCUGCAAUUCUAGCCAGAACUAAAUGUAGGGUAAUGUGUAGAAAACUCCUACAAGAGCCACUUCUAUUAUUUGAUUUAAAAGGCUCCUAACUGAGGCAUGGGAUUAUUCAGUGAAACAACAUCUGACUCUGUUUUGUUUUCUUUGGCGUGCAGGUGUGCUAGCAGGCCAUGACAACAGAGUGAGCUGCUUAGGUGUGACAAAAGACGGCAUGGCUGUGGCCACUGGCUCCUGGGACAGUUUCCUCCGAAUUUGGAACUAAAACGAACCUCCUCCCCUGUUUUGCUCAAUCACUGCCUGCCAACUGUCCUUACUGCUACUCACCUCUCAUAUCCAACUCAUCGGCUGGGCUGAACCUGCGGGGUGCACCCCCCCUGUCAGCCAAGACCCCCCCCCUCCCAACCCUUCCUGACCAGCCUACCUGUGACAAAGUACCAACUCUUUCUACCUUUUUACAAGUGGCGUUUUUUCACCCAGCUAUUACACAGAAACAAAAGUAAAAGCCUUUCAGUAGUUCCCAAUCAGAAAAGCAGAAGUAAUAUAAAAUUGAAGGAAAAACGGAAGAUUUUGCCCCAAGUAGAUUCUCAAGAAGAUGACAGUGUGUCUGUUCCCACGGCAGACAACAAACAUAAUGCCAAUGGUGUGUAAAACAAAUAUAGAUGUAUAUAUAAAGAUAGUAUAUAUGUAUAGCAUUAUGUGUGUAUAUAUGCAUCAUAUAUGCAUAUAUAAUGUGUAUGUAUAUAUUUUUGUAGUUUAUUUCCCACCCUUUAGUUUUUUAAAAUGAUUUGAAGGGUUUUAUGUUUAUUUUAAAUGUACAUAUCAUAAUACGUAAAGAGAUAAUGCCAGAAACCUUUAUUUGAUCCUGUGUUUGUAGCGAUUGAGUGCCAGUUCGAUGAUAUAGACACGGCCAAUGCCUCUAAAUUUAACUUAAAAAAAACCUCUUCUUUCAUUUUCUGUCAUUUCUGCUACUUCUGGUUUAGUCUAGCUUGCUCACCUAACGUCAAAAGAAGAAACUAAACUACAGGUAGAGAUAAAAACAUGUAACAGAAUUAUAAUUUAGCGUAGUUGAACUCACAUUCUGCAGGUGUGUGUGUUUUUGUGUCAGCCUGUUUCCUCUGUUUCUACAAAUGCUGCAUUUAUGUGUCAUCAUAUUUUAAAUAUUCUUUUUGUUUUUAUUUGAUGACACAACCCCUGGCAUUCCUCACCACAGUCAUUUGUCUAGAUAGAAACGUCACAUUACUGUGGUAGUGAUUAGCAACAAGCAUUUUGUUUGUUUUUUAGAUCUUAAGUAGACAGCAGUAACUGUUUGGCUAAGAUGAAUUUUUGUUUUUAUUUUACUUAAAUUUAACGGAGGCCUCGCCUUCGCCUCUCCUCUCACACGGGCAGUGGUUUCAAUCCAUCUGAAGACUUCGCUCUCUCCAUGCAAGCCAACAGCUUUACGCUCCGAUUGAUAUCCCAGUUAUGGUCCUAAAAAGGGGUUUCCCAUCAUGACAUCCCUGCCACCUGUGGCCUAACUAAUCUACAUGUACCCUUAAAAGUCGAGACUCAAGUUGCCCGUACAAGUGACACUGAUGGAGAGAAGGGCAUCAAAGAGCUGUUUCCUAUCUGCGAGCCUGUAACAGCGUUGAGACCUGUAUGGACAAAUGUCAGAAGACUCUGAGGAACCAUAAAGGACUGCAGCGAUUCUGUCCGCAACCUCCGAGGACAAGAGAUAAGAUGGAGAGAAAGCUAGAUGUCUGUGAGAGCUCGCUUUGUCAUUUUUAUCUUCUUUAUUUCUAAAUGAAGGAUCGACGAGUCCUUAUAGUUGUCAGCAAGGUGUGAACUAGGUGACUGCAUGGAACUGAAAUCAUGUUAGCCACACCAAAAUCACAACAGUGCCACCAUAAGCCUGUAGAAGAAGAAGAAAAAAAAACAAGAAAAGAAAAAAACAUACAUUUUUUUAAAGGUUUAACACUUUUUUGCAUUUCCUUUUCUCCUCACCAAAAACAUGUUAUAAACUGUUAAGUAUUGCUUGUGAAGAAAGUACACUUGGUAGAUGGAAAUGUACACUUGGUAGAAAGCUAGAAGUGCACUCACAGAAUGUAGUGCAAAUGUAAACCAUUGAGCACAUGUGACUUAUUUACCUUUAGGAGAAAAGUGGUAUCUUUGUUUUGAGUAGUGUCUCAACACACAUCUUCCAUUAUCGUAUCUCGGCUCGAGGCUUCAUUUUAAAAAGAUUUCUACACGUAUGUGAGUUGGACCUAUACAUCAGCCGUCUCUGUUGCCGUGUCUCUAGAUAUAAAUGUUUGAUCCACGUGGGCUGGAUGAAGGAGGGUGUGUGCUCCUGUGAGAUGUGGCACUGUUGUGUCUCCAUUCUGCCUUACGAUAGCAGUCAUAUUAAGAAGAAGGUAAUACAAGCAUCGACCGUAAUGUAUUUUUUUUUUUUGCUUUUUUUUUUUUCCUUUUCCAAAGCAACAAGCAAAACAAGCAAAACAAGCGAAACAAGCACAUUCUGGUCUUGGUUAACACUAAAAAAGGCAUGCUUACGGAAAACCACCACAACCCCAUGCAGCUUCACACUGCGUCUUAUAGCAAAUGUUUUACAUCAUUUUGGAUACUGCUCUGAUUUCUACUAUUACGCUAGAGUUUGUAGUCUUUGUUUAGAUUCAAUCAGAACGCCCCCUCCCCUCCUUCUCUUUGGCACACCAUGAUUCUAGCAACUUCUUUUUUUCCCCUGCGUUUUAUCUGCUUUUACUUGGCUUUGUGUUAUUAAAUCUGUAUCGAGAGAAUUUUAAUUUAACAGUCAAAGUUUUUGGCCAGAAAAUAGGAUGUGAUAUGUGUCACAUAUCAGUAUUGAGGGGUGUGUAUGGGGGGGAGGGACGGGAAGGUAGGGAACUGAGCUGCCUAUGUGUGUGGAUUAAAUAUGAAUCUAAGUGUUACUUUCUCAUUUGUGCCAAUGUUAUCCACAGACCCUGAGCUGUGAACGAAACUCUUCAAUGUGACAAAAUACUGCUCACUUUACACAAGUGCCAGCCUUCAACAUAUCCAUCACUUCUAAACCCAUUACUCUGAUUGUUUUUUUCACUUAUGGUCUGGGGAAGCUGUGGACUUGUUCUAUCUGAUUUUUUUUUGUACACUGAAGUGUUAAGUUGACGGUGAAUUUUAGAUUAAAGUUUGUAUUUUGGUCAGCUGCCAUCAGGUGUUCAUGUGUCCCGUCAAAGGUGGUGAAACACUGUUAAAAAGAAGAAGAGUUUAAUAUUUUAGUAGAUCAGUAACACUCAUGUAUGUCUGUGAAAUAUUAGCUAGGCUACAACCAGCAGCCUUCUAGAUUUGCACAAAGACUAAAAACCACAAAAAGGCCUAGGGCUGUCAUCAGGUAAAAAGAUCAUACAUAAUUCUGUCAUCUGAAUUGUGUGUUAACUUUGUGUAAAACAUUUGGUUGCCCUAAAUGGUGGCACAUUGAUUUACAUGCUGUCUUAAUAUUUGAAUAUUUCUAAAUUUUAAAUCAGUUAUGAUCUCAUUUUAAUCCUUGACCUUCAGAGAUGGUGAGAAUCUGACCGGUUUACUGUUCCACAAACCAUACUAGCCAUUUCCUUGUCUGAGUUCUUUGUUAAAGCUAAGCUACCUGCAGCGAGCAGCAGCCUUCUUGCUUUUCAAAUUAAGGAGAUUUGAACAGGAUUUUCUUUUUUUUUUUCAAACUCUGUGCCAGAAUUAACAAGCAUUUCCUCCUGACUUUGUGAACUAUCCGUAUGAUCCCACAGUUUUUUUUCCUACCAGGUGUGGAGUGUUUGAAAUAGAAAGAGAGAAAAUACACCUUUGCCCUUAACAGCUGAAAAGGAGGAUUGUGUGUAUUUCAUCCGGUGAUAAUCAGCAGACAAGCAUUUCUUUACUCUUUGUGUAAUUCUGCAGUAUUAGCAGCAGGAACCAGGAAUAGUAUCACUUCUAUGUGCCUGUGCAGUUCACUCAUUGAAGUAGUGCUGUAGACCUAUUAAUCAAAAAGGUGCUUGACUUCAUUUAAUUUCAUGUCAUGGUUGUAUUUUACAAAAAACCCUGUCCUGCAUUGUGUAAAGUACCCGUACUUUGCACAAUACUGUAACCCAACAAUACUCAUUGGUAUGUUUGGCAGUUUGUGUGCAGCAUCAUUUGAAGCUGCAUCAUCAGCCUCAGUCCCAUCAUCCAGCUUAAGAGAGGAAUAGAAAUGAAAAAAAUCACCACUGCAUAAGCAAAGGUAGUGUGUUUCAGGACUGUUUCUGCAAGACUGCCCACUUUAGUUUCUGGAAAUAAGAAAAUAUUUGAACGUUCUGAUAAAAGAUUGAAAAUAGAAAAGAGUUAUUUGACUCUACAACACUUGCAUUAGUUGUCACAUGAACACCACCACGGCACCAUCACGACAAAUGCACUGCCCUUUGACUCCAAAACCCACUGCUCUGACAUUUUUUUUUUUUUUUUUUUUUUGGAUUUUAUUUAUUGUUUUAUGUCUGUAAGCCAGUUAAGACCGGGGACUUGGUGCCAUGAUAAAUCUUUUACAGUGCUAAUGUGUGGAAUUAUAAUCACUUGUUAUGGAAUAAUUUUUAUAGUCUUUUUCACACCAGACCUUCUUUUUGUAUUUGUACAGUGGCUUGGUGAUACUGAUAUGUUGCCAUGAGUAAUUGUAACCAAUAAAAAGCUUCUAACCAAGAAUACGUGUUUGGUCUAAUUUUC